UUAUUCACAUGUCCUUUCCCGCCUUCAGUUGUUGUUGUCGGUAGUACGUUAUUCGAAGCUGGCAUCGCGAGCAUUGUUUUGUUUUACUAGAGUACCAGGUAUUAGAGGAUUUUGCUCAGAAGCCAUGUCGAGAACACAGUGCUUUUUUGAUAUGACCAUUGGAGGAAAGGAUGUUGGUCGAAUCGUGUUCGAGCUGCGUGAUGAUGUUGUUCCUAAAACAGCUGAGAACUUCAGAGCUUUGUGUACUGGGGAAAAAGGAUUUGGAUACAAAGGCAGCAAAUUUCACCGAGUAAUAACCCAAUUUAUGUGCCAAGGUGGAGAUUUUACACGUGGUGAUGGAACAGGUGGAAAAUCAAUUUAUGGAAACAAGUUUCCUGAUGAGAACUUUAAAUUGAAGCAUGAAGGACCUGGAACUCUUUCCAUGGCUAAUGCUGGACCUAAUACCAAUGGUUCCCAAUUUUUCAUUUGCACAGUCAAAACUUCAUGGCUGGACAACAAACACGUUGUGUUUGGAAAAGUGAUUGAAGGUUUUGACACUGUUGUCAAAAAAUGCGAAGAAGUUGGAUCGCAGAGUGGGAAAACAUCACAACCCGUGGUCAUCAAAAAUUGUGGCGUAUUAUAAAGACUAGCUUCAGUUUUUUUAUAAUUUACUACAUGUAGCGAUUUUUUGUAAAUAACAUGAUGGGGGUGACGAGAAAUGUUCUUAGAAUAA